AUGUAUGUGCGGAUAGCCGACGACCUCAACCUAUUCGACCUUUUGGUGGCGAAGAGUCCCAUAACCAUCGAUCAGCUAGCGGGUGCCACUGGUGCUUCGACAGGCUUGAUUGCACGACUGUUUCGCACCCUUGUGGGCAUGGGAUUCGUGAGGCAACUUGAUCAUGAGCGUUUUGCCUCUACAGCAGUGAGCAAGCAGAUGACACUUCCGAGUGUGAGAGCGGGCGUCAAAUUCUUCUACGACCAAGGAUUGCCCAUCCUUUCACACGCCCCGGCUUACUUCAAAGACAAUGGGUAUCGUUUGCCAGAGGGUAUGAUCGAUGGCCCUUUCCAAUUCGCUCAUGACACAUCCGAGGACUGCUAUACCUUCUGGUCCAAGCAAGCUGGCGUAAUGGAGAACUUCAACAUCUUCAUGCAAGGGCUUUUCGGUACGCCCAUGCGUUUGGGUUGGCUAGACUGGUUUCCCAUUCAAGACAUCUGCUCGGCUGGCUUCGACAAGGAGAAGAGCGAAUAUUGCUUCGUGGACGUGGGAGGCGGGAAGGGUCAUGAGGGUGAGGCUGUGCUGAAGAAGUUCCCGUAUGUACAAGGAAAGUUCAUGGUGCAAGACUUACCGUUCGUCAUCAAGGACAUCGCCCAUCUGGAUCCGAGGGUUGAAAGACUGGCGCACGACUUCACUACUCCUCAGCCAGUCAAGGGUGCAAGGGUAUAUUUCCUUCAGAACAUCCUACAUAAUUGGGCUUCGCCAGUCUGUCACACAAUCCUAUCUAACCUCCGCGCCGCAAUGAUACCGGGAUACAGCAAGAUCUUGAUUGGCAACAUCAUCCUGUCCGAGGAGAAUGUGCCUUUGCGACGCAGUGGCCUCGAUAUAGCCAUGCUGUUUUUGCAUUCGGGAGCGCAGCGCAGUGAAGCCGAGUGGAGGGGGUUAGUUGUGAGUGCUGGUCUAGCUGUUGAGAAGGUCUGGUAUCCUCCCGGUGACGGAGACGGCAUUGUAGAAGUCACGCGGCCCUCCGAAUGA